AUGGAUAAAUUCCGCAUGCUUUUCCAGCAUUUCCAGUCCAGCUCAGAGUCGGUCAUGAACGGCAUUUGCCUGCUGCUGGCUGUGGUCACAGUCAAACUGUACUCCUCAUUCGACUUCAACUGCCCCUGCCUGGCACGCUACAACACCCUUUACGGCCUGGGCCUGCUACUUGCGCCGCCACUGGCCCUAUUCCUCUGCGGCCUUCUUGCCAACAGGCAGUCCGUGGUGAUGGUGGAAGAAUGGCGCCGGCCUGUGGGGCACCGGAGGAAGGACCCAGGCAUCAUCAGGUACAUGUGCUCCUCCGUGCUGCAGAGAGCACUGGCUGCUCCUCUUGUCUGGAUCCUGCUGGCCCUCCUUGACGGGAAGUGCUUUGUGUGUGCUUUCAGCAGCUCCGUGGACCCUGAGAAGUUUCUGGACUUUGCCAACAUGACCCACAGCCAGGUGCAGGUCUUCCUGGCAAAGGUGCCCUGCAAGGAAGAUGAGCUGGUCAGGGACAGCCCUGCUCGAAAGGCAGUGUCUCGCUACCUGCGGUGCCUGUCACAGGCCAUUGGCUGGAGUGUCACCCUGCUGCUCAUCAUUGCAGCCUUCUUGGCCCGAUGCCUGAGGCCCUGCUUCGACCAGACCGUCCUCCUGCAGCGCAGGUACUGGAGCAAUUACGUGGACCUGGAGCAACAGCUCUUUGACGAGACCUGCUGUGAGCAUGCGCGGGACUUCGCGCACAGGUGUGUGCUGCACUUCUUCGCCAGCAUGCAGAGCGAGAUUCGGGCGCUGGGGCUGCGCCAGGACACUUCGGGCAGGGAUUCUGUGUCCCUAGAGUCUCCAGAGAGCCUGGAUGGCUGUAGCGGGAAGGCCCACCUUCGCGUCAUCUCCAGCCGGGAGCAGGUGGACCGCCUCCUGAGCACUUGGUACUCCAGCAGACCCCCACUCAACCUCCCGCCAUCCUCAGGGCUCUGGCAGGGUGGCCUCAGCCACCGCUCCCCCACGGUGGCCCUGGGCACCAGGUUGUCCCAGCACACUGACGUAUAA